AUGCAGAUCUUACAGGCCGUCCAAGACCUGGCUCAAGAUGUAAAGGAACAACAGUCUUCGGGCGUAGCCGAUACACUCUCUCAAGCCCACCAGCCAACAAGGCCCAGUGAAGCUGACUCCCUGGUCAACUUAACUGCUACACCGCGGUCCAUUCCAGCUCCCGAAGGUCACGUCGAGAGAUUCUCCGAAGGCCUCGACAGCGUCUUGAAAUGGAAUGUGUUCCCUUUAGAUGUCAACCAUAUCCCUAUCGAUAACGGGAGCUUGAUGGCUAUGCCAGACGAGCUCCCUCCAAUAAGUUUCCCAGAGUUAAAGAGGCUGCAGAAAAGCUAUCUCAGUACUGUCCACAGCGUCAAUCCCAUUCUAGACGUCGCUGUACUCGACCAGUACGUUAUAAAGGUUUCAGAAAACGGACUGGACUGGACGACGCAGACAUGUCUUGUUGCCCUUGUGUGUGCCAUCGGUGCAUUGUGUCAGGACCCGCAUGUCGAAACACCCAGAAGCAACAACAGUUGGGAUGUUGACCAAACGACGGAUAUUGCCAUCUGGUUUAUGUGCAAUUUACAGCCACUCGAGGCCUGGAGGUACUUCACCAUGGCCGGAAACUCCUGCUACUCUGCAAUAUGGGCGAGGGAACCCACUAUGUCUGCUGGGCCGCCGAAUUCCCCCUCCAGUCCACAAGCAAUCAAACAAAGCAUUUUCUACACUGCAUAUAAAUCGGAAGUCGAGAUCCGCUACGAAAUACCCAGUUUACCAGGCUCAAUGCUGGAACACAUCGAGGAUCGCCUCACGUUUCCGUCGCCACCAGCAGCGAACUGUCUGUUCGACGAGACUAUAGCUUGGUAUUACUUCCUCGCAGACAUCGCCGCCCGGCAUUUGAUCAACCGGAUCGUCGAUGCCAAGGUCGAGAUCUCUGAUAGCCCCAGUGAGGUGCAAGCCAACUCUUUGCUGCGUUCAUAUGAGGUUUUUGGCUCGCAGCUACAAGACUGGUAUCUAUCCCUCCCACCAGAGAUAUCGUUCCCGCCGCCGGAUGCAACUAUUUCCUCCGAGUCGAAUAUCUACAAAAGAAUCCUCCGUUCACGGUAUCUAUUUAUCAAGGAGCUUCUGUGUCGGCCGUUUGUACGGCUGUGUCUAAACUACGAACUUAAACUCCCCAGUGCUCUGGAUGAUGAGAUACUCAGUAUAGCCUCCUUGGGCCUCCAGUAUUGUGCCUGGAGACUGAAAGCUGUGGAUCGAAUGAACAAACUGGACCAUGGACUGUGGAUAUGGAUUCGAAAUAGUACAGCUUGUUCCAUGAUACUGAUUGGUGCUGCUCGGAGCCUCCAGUCCCAGUCCGCAACUGCAUCUGGGCGACUAGUUCUUCCUGGAGAUUGGCGUGAGACUGUUGUUAGUUUCUUGCAUGGACUUGAAAAGUAUUCUCACGAAACGAGAGGUGGCGUAGCUUCGUGCUAUCAACUUGUGACAUGGGGUCUUGACGGGUUUCAACCAAGCUCACCAGAUAUCAUUCAAGAGUUAUAA